CAAAAAUAGCAACAAAAAGUAAAAACAAAAUAAAAUUAUUUUACAUACAUUUUAUUAAAUUAAUACAAUGAUUGAUGUUAAAAACAAAGUUAAUUCUUUCUUUAUAUUUAAUUCAAACUUAGGACCGAAAGAAGGCGAUGAAUUAAAAAGGAUUCUCUUUUAUUAUCCAAGUGACACAAGCCCUAACAAUAGAAAAACGCAAGUAGGACUAUGCGAGGCAGUGGUGAAAUUCAUGACCACAUUUACGCCAGAACCUUGCGAAGCCCUACAGACUCAAACAAAAAGAUACAUCUUCUAUCAGCCCGAAAAAGAUUUUUGGUUGGUUCUAGUUGUGAGAAUACCUUAUGCCACUAAAGCAUUAUCAGCAACUGGUGAAAAAAAGGAAUUGGUGGAGCCAUCAGUGAUGUAUGAUUUACUGGCAUCUGCUUACAAAAUGUUUAAAAUGUUUUUUGGCCCUCUAAGCGAAAUACCUGUUGAUGAAGUAUAUGACAAAUGUGAGCAUUUUUUUGGGCCAUACAUAGCAAACAAAAAUGUUUCAAAUGAAGUAACAAACAUAAUACAGGGUAUAUAUUACCUACCUCUGCAGAAAAACUCAUUCUUCAAUGUGGUGUGUUUUAUUGACUUGCUGGAAAUUAAUUUUCCACAGUUCAAAUGUGUUUCAUUUGUAUACAAUGAUCAACUUAUAUGGAAUGGUCUCACAACAGAUGAUAUGCUCACUCUAUAUCAGUACCUGGUACAGACUUUACUCCCGAAGCUUGUUGAAAAAGAAAUACAGGGUGGUGCAGUUACAGCUGCCCAAAGGCAUGGCCGUUUCAUCAGUCCACCCGAUGGGAUACGAACCAAAGAGGAUUUGUUAAAGCUAAACAAAGUUUACCUAACAUUAGAGGACCAAACAGAAGCAAAGUAUUAUUAUCUAGUUAUAUACAGAACUUUAAGUGCAACUGUCACUUUUACGGUCGAUGUUGAUACAGCUCUCGACAUUGAUACGUUCCGGUCUUUAGAUACAUUCAUUGGCCCUCAAUUAUCAACGAUAGCAUCAUCAAUAGGAGAAGAAUGCACUAUUCAAGCUCUACAAAAUGCACAGAUCAAUCAUUCAGAUCAUAAGUUUAUAUACUUCAAUCGACUUAAUUUGGCGUUUAAAACCUCUUCCCCACCUUCGCUGACACCGUCCACGGCGAUCAAACCAGAAGUACUCAGUAUUAUAGCCGGCAUACACGCAGAUAAAAAGAGUCUCGGUGAUUUCGGCGAAGUUAUUAUAAAAACUCCCGACGAAUACUGGAUUACUGGGAAAUCUUCUAAUGAUAGAGAGUUCUAUGUUGUUAUUUACAAAAAAAAUGCAAAUCUCAAAGAAAUUGCAGAUGAAGUAAAACGAAUAUGUGAAGCUCAGAUGAAAGGAAUAUUUUUUUAUCCGAUGUAAUAAAAAAAUAGGAAUA